AAUCUUUGUUCUCGAAAACAGGAGAGUUCCUCUUAUUCAUCUGCAGUCUUUGGGAAAGAAGUAGAUAUGGCAAGUUCUGAACAAGUUCAUAUUGCUUACAAAAAAGUUUCGCCUCUUCCGGAGAAAAAGAAUCCUGGAGUGGCACCAAUAAUCUUAUUGCAUGGAAUAACUUCGGCGAAAGAAACAUGGGAUCAAGUAAUGCAGCCUUUGGCAGAUGAAACAGGACGAGAGGUUUAUGCUUUAGACGCAAGAAAUCACGGUGACAGCGGAUGGAAUGAUGACUUCAGUUCCGAUAUUAUAGCAGAAGAUGUUUCAAGAUUUUUGCAAAAGAUGAGUUUGUCCAAAGUUGCUCUUAUUGGUCACAGUUUUGGAGGAAGAGCAGCAAUGAAACUGUUCCCAAAUUUGGUUGAAAAGCUGAUUAUUGAAGAUAUAUCACCUAAGCGACCUGCUCCUACGAGUAGACAUUCACUCCUUGAAUACAUCCAAGCAAUGAAGAAAGUGAUUGAAGCCAUUCCACCCAACGUUCAGGAUGUUAAAGAAGCAAAAAAGCUUCUAAGGAACCUUUUGGGCAACACAGAACAGGGUGCCCUUGACGACGGAGCUGAAAACACAGACGGAUUUUAUUUAGGAAUUAAGAAAGGAGAGGAUGGAAAAUUUGUUUGGAAGGCUAAUAUGGAGCUGUUAGAAAAAUUCGCAGAAGGAAAAUUACCGAGCACACCAGCAUUAGCCGGCUCGUUUAAAGAACCAGCGCUGUUUUUAUGUGGAAAAUAUUCGUCUUUUAAUGUGGAAAAAGAUGAAGACAUCAUUAAAAGUAUGUUUCCAAGCUCAACUUUAAAGCGCAUUGAAGCUGGUCAUCAAAUUCAUCUUGCACAACCGGAAAAGUUCGUAGAAGAGGUGGUCAAAUUCCUGAACAACAGCCAGAAAAGUUCGUAGAAGAUGUGGUCAAAUUCCCGAACAGCAGCCAGAAAUGUUCGUAGAAGAGGUGGUCAAAUUCGUUAGCCGAGGCUGAAAUACUUACAAAAGACAAAUCUUGAAUUUAUUGUAAUGAUUGUCUGACUCAUGAUGUUUGUGCAAAAGUGAAAAUUUUAAUCAUACUUUUAACGAAAUAAAAAUG